AUGCCCACCAAUGUUCACAAAAUCUUAAUGCUCCACGGACACGGUCAAUCAGCAGACAUCUUCAAGCCAAAAACUCGGUAUUUGCGAGAUGUCUUUCGCACUCUGUCCAACGAGAUAGAGUUUGAGUUCAGAUAUCUGUCCGGUGUGCUACCAGCCUAUCCCGAUGACAAAGAUAUCACGGAUAAGAAAGUCUGGGGCUAUGGUGAACCCGAAAAUGAUAAAAUCAACGGCUUGGAGAGAUCUAUUCAGCACAUCCUUGAUACCCUCGACCAAAACGGUCCUUUUAGUGGCAUAAUUGGAUUUUCCUCGGGUGCUGCCAUGACAGCAAUCGUUACUUCGAUGCUGGAGAAGAGGAACGCAAAUCCCACCUCUGACUGGUCUCAGCGACGCCAUCCGCAGUUACUAUUCGCAAUAUCCCUGAGUGGCUUCAAACUAGAGAAUACGUGCUACAAAGAUUUUUAUUCCCCAAAAAUUGUGACUCCGAUGUUACAUGCCGUCGGGGAGUUGGACUCAACGGUCUCUCCUGAACAGACACGGAGCCUCGCACAACAGUGCUCAUUCCCGUGGCUAUACAAUUUUUUCGGUGGUCAUUACGUGCCCCAAUACAAAGAGCUUUUGAGCUUUAGUCAAUCUCUUGCGAGCUUUCUGAGAGAAGUGUUAGGGCUCGCUGAAGUGGUUCAGGAGGCCUGGGAGGAUAUUGAUAUAGUUGACGCGAAACUAAAGCCCAAAGAAUAA